GAUUUGGGCUAUGAAAUGGCGUGCAAUAAAUUCGAGUCAUUUUUGAUUCCUUACGAGUUUGCAGUUCAAAUGACAUGUGAAAAAUGUGUGACCAAAAUAAACGAUAUCCUAAAUGAAGCGCCAGAAGUUGUGAUGGCUGGAGAUGGUGUUAUAGAUAAUAUAUCUGUCGAGCAGUUAAGCAUUGAUCUCUCGUCGCAGACUGUUAGCUGCCGAACAAACAUACCUGGUACGCAAUGUUAGAUUCAAGAUGCUGGAAAUAUUGCGGAGGUCUGGGUUGGAGGUGCGUCUGAAAAGUGCGGGGAACCCUAGUUUUGCCCCUGGAGUGACGGAGUUCCACGACAUCAUGGGGUCAGGAGUAGUGGGUGUCAUUCGUUUCAUUCCUCUGUCCGAAAAUGUUUGUGCCAUUGAAGGCUCUUUGUCUGGUAUUAAGUCUGCUGCUACAAAAGAUUUUGAACCAACUUUUAACGUCCAAAUCCACGAAUUUGGAGACCUAUCGAAUCCUGUCGAGUCUUGUGGCGAUGUGUUUAACAUUGGCGAGUCAUGUGUCGGAGUUUUGGGUUCUUUUUCGACUCCUACCGCAUUUUACAUCAGCCGAGUUUCACUAAAUGUCAGCUCUGUGAUCGGAAGAUCCUGUGUGAUCAAAAUGACGUCACCAGAUGGAGCUGCAGAAAAGAGUUUAGCAGUUGGGAUUGUGGCCAGAAGUUCUGGAGUGUCUGAAAAUCCCAAGAUGUUUUGCACUUGUGAUGGCGUCAGUAUUUUCGACGAGCGGAAAAUAACAGACGCCUAUUGAUCGAAUCGAGAUUAUUUUUACUCUAGAUUCCACAAAAAGUCAUGCAAGGAAAUUUAACCAAGUAGAGAUUAAAAAAAUAGAGAUUAAUAUUUCCUUGUCCUGAGCUGCACUUUAAAUGAGCGAGACUUGAAAUUUUGAGGCUAAUUUUUUGGUAGAAGGACGUAAUGUUUAAAAACGUUUAACAAAUCAACGUCCUUAAUACUGUUCAAUACUGACUGAUGUUUGUUCCAAUUUUUUUGUGUUGAAUUUCUGUAUACUGAAUUUUAACUGGGUUACAUAAAUGUCGAGCAUUCGGGUGACGUAAUUUUAGGCCAUUCAGAGCUUUCAUGGAUGAUUUCCCCCUUGAAAUUUUGAAUAUAUGUGGCUUAAAAAUCUACAGCUUUCUUUGAUAUGGAUCUCAAGUUAAUUAAAAUAGAUUAACUAAAAAUGCGGACAUAGUUUGCGGGUAAAGUG